AAUUAGCAUACAGCAGAAGAAGGGCGAACUUCACAGCAAGGUCUGGCAGAGAGAGAGAGAAGACAUCCAGGUGAAAAGUUUGUUGAGAAAACAACAUUUGAAAACAAACAAAACAAAAACAAACAAACCGAAAAUGAAAUCAGAAGAGAAUUGGUGAACCAUUCCCUUUUUGGAGUUAACAGCUACUGGAAUUGCAGGGGGCCUAGGAGGAACAAAGGGUCUGGACCAAAGAGAAAUUGCUCCCCAACAAACUAUUUCAGAUGGAGGUGGAUGCAGACGGAAAGCGCCAUCGCACACGCUCCAAAGGUAUCCGAGCUGGCGUGGAACCAGCGAUACAAGAGCUGUUCAGCUGCCCAACGCCAGGCUGUGAUGGGAGUGGACAUGUUAGCGGCAAAUAUGCAAGACACCGCAGUGUCUACGGCUGCCCUUUGGCCAAAAAAAGGAAAUACCUGGACAAGCAGCCACAGGAGCCUGUGGCCAAGAGGAAGCCCUUACUGACUCGUUCAGAAAACUCAUCCAUGGACGAGUGCUACGAGACGGAUGGCACAGAGGAGAUGGACGAGAAAGAGGAAGAGGAAGAGGAGGAGGAGGAAGAAGAUGAGGAAUAUUCAGAGGACAAUGAGGAGCAGGUAGAGCUAGAGGACGAGGCAGGCGUGGAGAGGGUGGACGGGCAAGAGGCAGAACCGGAAGAGGAGGGGGUCGAGGAAGAGGAGGAGGAAGAAGAGGAAGAGGAGGGGGAUGUUGACGAGGAAGAAGAGGAAGAAGAAGAGGAGGAAUAUGAUGAAGAUGAGGAAGAGGAUGACUACGAGGAGCAGAACCAGGAGAAUGAGGACAAACAGACAAAUGGCAGCUACGUUAAGUCUGGCCAGGCCACAGAGAAGGACGACAACAACAACGAUGAGUACGACAACUACGACGAGCUGGUGGCCAAGUCGCUCCUGAACCUGGGCAAGAUAGCCGAGGACGCGGCCUACCGUGCCAUGACUGAGUCCGAAAUGAACAGCAACUCGUCCCACAGCGCCGAGGAGGAGGACGAGGAGAACGAAGAGAAGGGCGGGAGGAAGGGCGAGCUGAGCCUGGAUGUAGACAGCGACGUGGUGCGAGAGACGGUGGACUCAUUGAAGCUGCUGGCACAAGGCCACGGCGCCGUGCUCUCGGACAAUGUGAGUGGGCGGGGUUAUCUGGACAGGGGAGCGGGGCAGGGCGGGGACAGCGAGGACUGCAACGGCAGGUCUGGGGGGCGGAAUGCUAGCGGGGUCGGCUCUGGGGGGCAGGGAAAGCCUGCCAGCAACGGGCAAGUGGAGGAGAGCGAUGAGGAGGUGUGCCUGAGCAGCCUGGAGUGCCUGAGGAACCAGUGCUUCGACCUGGCACGCAAGCUGAGCGAGACGCAGCCGGCCGACCGCGGCCCACCCGCGCAGCCGCAGACGCAGACGCCCCAGCACAUCCAGAACGCCCCCCUCGAGCCGCCCAACCUGCGGCCCGCCAUCUACAUCGACUGCCAGCAGGGUGCACUGGAGCGCAACUAUUCUGACAUGGUCAACCUGAUGAAGCUGGAGGAGCAGCUCAGCCCGCACUCCAAGGCCUUCUCCAGCUGCGCGCAUGAGAAUGCCGGCUAUCGAGACGAGGACACCACCUCUGUGACCUCGGACCGCUCCGAGGAGGUGUUCGACAUGACCAAGGGCAACCUGUCCCUGCUGGAGAAGGCCAUCGCCCUGGAGUCGGAGCGGGCCAAGGCCAUGCGGGACAAAAUGGCGAAUGAGGCGGCUUCUAGGCGAGAGAGCCACCGGAUGCACGAGGAGCAUGGCACAAGGCAUAGCUGCGGCGAGGAGCGCAAGUCCCGGUUGCAUGACAGCAUGAAGAAGCCAUACUACCCGAAAGAUUCUUCCUCGCGGAUGGACAAAAAGGAGAGCCGGUGUCCUACGCCAGGGUGUGACGGGACCGGACAUGUGACAGGGUUGUACCCCCACCACCGAAGCCUGUCGGGAUGUCCCCACAAAGACAGGGUGCCACCAGAAAUUCUUGCAAUGUAUGAAAAUGUUCUUAAGUGCCCUACACCUGGCUGCACGGGAAGAGGCCAUGUCAAUAGCAACAGGAACUCCCACCGGAGCCUCUCGGGGUGUCCCAUCGCCGCAGCGGAGAAACUGGCCAAGGCCCAGGAGAAACAUCAGACCUGUGACGGAAGCAAGUCCAACCAGGCUUCAGAUCGUGUACUGAGACCCAUGUGCUUUGUGAAGCAGCUGGAGAUCCCACAGUAUGGCUACAAGAACAACAUCUCCACCAGCACCCCGCGCUCCAACCUGGCCAAGGAGCUAGAGAAGUACUCCAAGACCAACUUUGACUACAACCACUAUGACAGCCACCAUGUCUACGGGAAACGGGCCAUCGCACCCAAGGUCCAGGGCAGGGACACCUCCCCCAAAGGAUAUGAUGCUAAGCGCUACUGUAAGAGCUCCAGCUCGGCCAGCAGUAGCUCCAGCUACGCCCCCAGCAGCAGCAGCAGCAGCCUGAGCUGUGGAGGAGGGGGCAGCAGUGCCAGCAGCACCUGCAGCAAGAGCAGCUUCGACUACACGCACGACAUGGAGGCUGCCCACAUGGCCGCCACCGCCAUCCUCAACCUGUCCACCCGCUGCCGCGAGAUGCCCCAGAACAUGAGCGGCAAGCCGCAGGAUCUCUGUUCACGGAACCCGGACCUGGAGGUGGACGAAAACGGCACUCUGGACCUGAGCAUGAAGCAGCGGGUCGGGCGGGAGAGCAGCUGCGCUGUGCUCACGCCCCUGGAGCCCAUGUCCCCCCAGCGCCAAGCUCUCCUCAACAGCCGCUGCUACCAGAUGAGCGAGGCCGACUGCUGGGACCUGCCCGUCGACUACACCAAAAUCAAGCGCAUCGACGAGGACGACCCCAAAGAGCCUGACGACUUGGAUCCCUUCCAUGACAUUCUGGACGACCAGUAUCCCGGAGAUGUCAACGUCCCCAGCUCGAAGCCAAAAUAUGCCCAGUGCAAGGAGAGCAAAAAGGAUCUGAUAACUCUCUCUGGCUGUCCUUUAGCCGACAAAAGCAUUCGAAGCAUGAUGGCGACCAACACACAGGAACUCAAGUGCCCGACCCCCGGGUGCGAUGGUUCGGGACACAUUACUGGGAACUAUGCCUCACACAGAAGCCUAUCCGGGUGUCCGAGAGCAAGGAAGAGUGGCAUCAAGAUAACACACAGCAAAGAAGACAAGGAGGAACAAGAGCCUAUCAGGUGUCCAGUACCGGGCUGCGAUGGGCAGGGUCAUGUGACUGGAAAAUAUGCAUCCCACCGAAGCGCAUCGGGCUGCCCCCUGGCAGCCAAACGGCAGAAGGACGGCUACAUGAACGGCUCUCAGUUCACAUGGAAAGCGGGGAAGACAGAUGGUAUGUCCUGUCCAACGCCAGGCUGCGACGGGUCAGGUCACGUCAGUGGGAGCUUCCUGACCCACAGGAGUUUAUCUGGGUGUCCACGAGCCACUUCAGCCAUGAAGAAAGCCAGAAUGUCAGGAGUGGAGAUGUUAACGAUAAAACAACGGGCAAGCAAUGGAAUAGAGAAUGAUGAAGAAAUUAAACAGCUGGAUGAAGAAAUCAAAGAUUUAAAUGAAUCGAAUUCACAAGUGGAGGCAGAUAUGAUCAAACUUAGAACACAGAUUACCACAAUGGAGACUAAUCUGAAGUCAAUAGAGGAAGAAAACAAGGUGAUUGAACAGCAAAAUGAAUCUCUCCUGCAUGAGCUGGCCAACCUCAGCCAGUCACUGAUAAACAGUUUAGCUAAUAUCCAGCUUCCACAUAUGAAACCGCUGCCACACAAAGAGGUGCCCAUUAGAAAUAACAGCUGUUUACAGUUGCAUCAGAGAGAGCCGAUAAAUGAGCAAAACUUUGACGCUUACGUGACCACAUUGACAGACAUGUAUACAAACCAGGAUCAGUAUCAGAGUCCGGAGAACAAAGCCCUAUUGGAAAACAUAAAACAAGCGGUUCAAGGGAUCCAAGUGUAGCCCGCUGACAUUACAGCAGAACUGGUCCACAAAGGACAGCGAACACAAUUUAAAAAAGGAGAGAGAAAAAAAUAAGAGAGGCCUCAUGGUUUGUUGCUGUACUUUAUCAGACAGUAUUAAACAUUAAUUUCCAUUCUUUAAAAAAGUGUUAUGCUUAUCAAAAACCUUCAUAAUUAUUUUUCUUUUUUUGUCUUGCUUUGGAAAUAGUUGACAGCAGAAUAGUUUUUGAAAACAUUCACAUUUUGUACGUUUUCAUAUGAGCUGACAUAGUGCGAUGUACUGUUUAUAGCUGCUAAUGUAUUGACAUUUUUAGUGUAUAUUUCUCAAAAGUGAGCUGAAGAAUAGAGAACAUAUAAGUUCUUUAUAAUGCUUAUUGACAAACUAUUUUAGAUUCAAGAGCUGAACUGGACAGCAAAGAAACAAACAAAAGAAAAGAAAAAUAGGAAGACCACUUUUGAAUUAUCUUUUCUCCUCGUUGGAUGAUUUUAUGGAAUUUUAAAAGAUGCUUUCUUUUUUUUGUGUGCAGAUUGUUAAAUAGCAACAACUUGGUUGUAAAAUUCUUUAUUUUUGAAUGAUGCUUGAGAAAAUCAUUGUCUUUUGUUAAAAAUGGUUGGUAGUGGUAGGUGGGGGCAUUUAAAAAAGAUGAUGGACUUAAGAAUUGAAAGAAACUGAAUAGAUGUAUGAAUGUUACAGUUUUAAUGUAAACAUCAUGACACGGAAACCUAAUGGUGGAAAUCCCAAUAUCUAGAAAAUACUAUUUUAUGACUAAAAAAACUUUAAGCAUUCUGUGUUGUUAGAUAACCCAUUGUCAUUCAAUCAACAAGACGGUGAUGUUCAACGGCAAUAGAAAAUCUUGGCUUCAUUCUAGCUUUAUCGUUAGUUCUUUUCAAUCUUAAAUCUUCAGUAGCUAGAAUUGGACAAUGUUUUAGCAAUAUAUAAUGAAUAAAUCGCAUAUUUAUAGAUAUGGGAUGCGAUCUUCAUAAACAGUUUGGGUAUAUGCAAUUUCUUAUUUAUAAACAUAGUGGAAAACAAAUCUUUUUACUAUAUGUAAAAUAUUAAUUUUUAUAUAAAUCUUUUAAUACAAAAAAGUAAAAAAAAAAUUAAACAUGGACAUUCAGUUUAGAAUAUGAGAGAGGCUUUAUCAGUUGACUUUCUUUAUGUACACAUUUUGCACAAGAACACCUUUGUUUCCAUGUUUUGAUGUUUUUACAGAAACUAAAGCAGUACCUGAAAGCCUAACAUGAGGAAAAUGGUUUUGUAAAGAAAAAAAAAAUAUAUAGUUUAUGAGAGCGGGACGAACAGGGUCAUUGUCCCCACAUAUGUGCCAGUAGACUAUUUGCACUUGUCCUAUAGAUAUACAGUAUCCUAACAUGUGGAAGUGUGCAAUGUCCAGGUGUCCCUUUGGCACACAAUUGGAACCAAUAACUGUUGGGAGCCACUGUGGGCAACUAAAACAGCAUCAUUGAUGGAAACUACAGGGAAUUUAGAAUCAAAAAAUGAUAUGAACAAUAAUAUUAUCAGUAAUAAUAUCCAUUAUGAAUGAAGAAGUUUAUUUGAUUUUUUCUUUUUGGUGUAUUAUGUGAAUAAGAAGAAUCCCAGCAGCACUUUAUUUAUAUCUAAUCACUGUACAAAAUGAUAAAAAUAACUAAUUAAAAAUGGUGGAGAUGCUGAUAAAAAAAACAACAACAAGAUGACUCCAGUUUCCCUAACAGACUCAAUGGCUGGGGAAUGAACUCUGUAGUUUAACUUUGAGGGAGGGUGGUGGGGGUGGGGUACUGUGGUCUAAUGUCUGUAAAGACCACCCCCUACCCCCACCCCUCCCCCAAUUUUCUGUUGUGCUUAGUUGUAGCUACCAUGUUCAGAACUGCCUUUUGAAAGCUAACGCAAAGGUGCUUGUCAUUCACCUGAUCACAUAUAUUGUACUUUAUGUCCGUUUUUAGGGCUACAUUCUCCAUGACUGCAUAUGCCGUUUUACACAGCAUCGUGUCUGCAGCUUUUUGCCAAUAUAGUAACGCUUUCAGUAGAGUAAUAGCUAGUAUUGGUUUUUGAAUUAAUUAUCGUUAUCAGUACAAUGGGAAGGGAUUUUAAGCACAAACCUGCUGCUGAUCUGCUGUCGGUACAUAAUAUCAAAAAAGUAAUCUGUGACUAUUUACAUAGGGAACGCAAAAAGGUGUCACAUAUUAGAAUGCUGAAUUUUCAUAUAAAUUAUUGUGAAUUCAUCAGAGUUUAUUUAUUCUAACUUAGUCAUUUUUGAAGUUGAUUUAAGUAAUCAUUAAUGAAGACAGGAUUUUGUAUAAACUAUUGUGCUCUCUGUGGAACUGAAGUUUGAUUUAUUUUUGUACUACACGGCAUGGAUUUGUUGACAUUUUAAUUUUGCUAUAAAUGUGUGAGAUCACAAGUUGCUGUGAUAUUUCAUUUUUAAAUUGUGAACUUUGUACAAUUUUUGUCAUGCUGGAUGUUGACACAUCUUACUCUGAAUAAAGAAAAAUUGUGUUGCCAGAUGGCGGUA